AUGUCAAGAUAAGAAUUAAAAAAUAACGAAACUAAUUAAUUACUAGAAAUACAAACAGAAUAGUAACUAAAAAGAAUCUAUGAACAUGUCGAUUAAAAAGUAUUUUAAUCUGAAGAAGUUGGUCAAGAGUAAAAAGAAGAGGAUGAAAAGGAAUUUGAUGAAGAAGAGAAAGAAGAAGAAGAAGAAUUAAGUGAUAAUGACCUUAAAAGUGAUGAAUAAGAUAGCUCUAUUAAUUAAGAAGAUGAUUUUUCAGAUGAACUAGAAUUUGAGGAGUAAGUGGGAUAAUCAGAAAAUUAAAAUGAUAAAAGCGAAGAAGAAGAAGAUGACAUAGAAGAUUAAAAUAGUGAUUAUAGUAGUGAUUCUGAUUAUGAAGUCUUAUAAAUAUUUUUUGAUUAUACUUCAAUCACUUUAGAAAAGUUACAAUAAGAGGACUAUAAGUAUUGCAGGUACAUUGAAUUAUGGGGUUUUCAUCUAAAUUCUUUAUCUACUGUUUGUAAAGCGAUAUCUAAAUGUAAAAAUCUUUUUGCCUUAGAACUACCUAUAGAUAUUUUGGAUUAAAGAGACAUAUAUAAACUAGGAUAAGAACUAAUAAAGCUAAAUAAAUUAUUUGAACUUAAAUUUGAGUUAAAAGAAGAUAUUUAAGAUAAAACUUACGAAUAGAUGAUAAGAUUCUUUAAAUUCUGCUAGAAAUAUACCAAAUUGAGGCUAUGUUUAAGUAUAACUGGCGAAAUAUAAUUGAAAAAGUAAUCAAUAUGGCAAUAAAGAACCUUACAAAAUGUAUCUAAAUUAAUUAUCCUGAAGCAGGAUGCUUAUGUAGAUAAAAAGGAUUUAAAAUAUUUACGAAAAUUAUUAACUAAAUGUGUGAAUCUUUAACAUUUAUAUAUUGAUUUGCUAGGUACUACAUUAGAUUCAGAGAGUUUAGGUUAAGUUUUAGGAAAUUAUGAGUAACUUAUAUCUUUGAAAAUUGUACAUGGUCAUUACGAUUUUUAUAGGAAUUGUAAUAGCUUUUCAAUAGAUAAAUUCUUGAGUAAUUUAGCUAAUUGUAGAUAUCUUAAAAAUUUGGAUUUAGAAUUUUCGGAAGAAUAAUUUGGUUUUAAGAGGUUGGUAAAAGGAAUAAAAAAAUUAGAAUAGUUAGCAACUCUCAGAUUGAAGAUGUACGGAGAUUAUAUGAGUGAUUAUUUAGUCAUAUAAUUUGCUAAAUUAAAAAGAUUGGUUUGUUUUUCCUAUAUUAAUGAUGAGUAUACAUCAAAAAAUAAGGUUAAUGAUUGUCAACUUUUCAGAUUAAUAACUAAACAUCCUGAUUGGUUUUAUUGA